CGGCGCGGCGCGGGUGGCGGGGCCCUUGGCGGCGCGGCAGGGCGGAAGCGGGUUGCCGGGGGGACGCGGCCUGGCGCGGCGGCGGCGGGAUGAGCGGCAAGGAAGGAUCGGGUGGGUUCAGAAAACGGAAGCAUGACAAUUUUCCACAUGGUCAAAGAAAAGAGGAAAAAGAGAAUGUUAAUCCAUCUUCAGCUUUGAUGACAUCUUUUAAAUCGUUUCAACUGGAGCUUGACACCAGGCAUGAUAAAUAUGAACGGCUCGUGAAGCUCAGUCGUGAUAUAACAAUCGAAAGCAAAAGGACAAUAUUUCUGCUCCACAGGUUUACCAGUGCUCCCAAUGGGGAAGAAAUCCUCAAUGAGUCUGAAGUCAAGCUAGAUGCUGUCCGAUGGAAGAUUAAGCAGGUUGCACAAGAACUGAUUGGAGAAGACAUGUAUCAGUUCCACAGAGCUAUAUCUCCAGGACUUCAAGAAUAUGUCGAGGCAGUCUCGUUCCAGUAUUUUAUCAAAACACGAUCUUUGAUUAGUGUUGAAGAGAUCAACAAACAGCUAAUAUUUACAGCAGAAGACAGAGAAGAAACAACAAACAUGACCUCCAAUUCCCAUGAUAAACAGCCACUCACUUGGAGCCUGAAGGUAACACCUGUAGAUUACCUGCUGGGAGUGGCUGAUCUGACUGGAGAGCUGAUGCGGCUGUGCAUCAGCAGCGUUGGAAAUGGUGACAUAGACACGCCUUUUGAACUGAGCCAGUUCUUACGUCAGAUUUACGAUGGGUUUACUUUCAUUGGCAACACUGGACCUUACGAAGUGUCUAAGAAGCUGUAUACCUUGAAGCAGAGCCUGGCAAAAGUAGAGAACGCCUGCUACACAUUGAAAGUACGGGGAUCUGAAAUCCCAAAGCACAUGCUGGCUGAUGUGUUCUCCACCAAAACGGAAUUGAUUGACCAAGAGGAGGGUCUUUCUUAAAACCAGGAGACUGUUGAACUCAGAAGGGAAGAAGACUUAGAGAAAGAUUUUAGUUAUGGUUUGUGGAGUUUUGACCCUUCUCAAAGCUUUUCAGGUAGAGACAAUCCUAGUUUUAUCUAUGAGAAGAUUGUUUGCAGUGGUAAUUUGUAACCAAAAAUACUUUUUAUGAUGUGUAAGAGAACAAAUGUUUGACUUUGUCCUAUUGGUAUGGAAUUUCCUGUAUUGCUCCAUUGUUUCUUCUUUCAGAAUGGCUGAAAUUUCCACUGGGCUCUACACCAGUGUCUGUCAUUGGUGUGAGUCACCUCAAACUAUUGUGGUUGCUGUUACCAGUUUUCAGCAAGCACAGCAAUGCAGAAAAAAAAUGGUUAGGUACUGUUAUUUAGCAUUAUCCAUAGGUUUUCUGAGUAUUUGGGUUUUAUACUCACAUCAUACCUAGAACAAUGCACCUAUGUAUGUGUAAAUUCAUCCCUUGCCUUGAAACUGAGGUGGUCUCCAAGGUGCCAUGUAACUGAAGUUUUCUCUGAUUAAUGCUUUUGAGCGUGAAACUGAAGCUCAGUCAACUUUUAAUAAUGAAGCUAAUUACACCAGGUAAAUACUACUGUGCGCUCAUUAUUUUGGGGCUCUGUUUAAAUUGAGCUCUGUUUAAGUUAACACUGGUGCUUCACAGUUUUGCCAUGAGCUAGAAAAUCCAUUUUAAAAAAUUGUGGAAUGUAUUGGCUUACAUUAUUUGUAAUACAAUUUAAUGCAGAAUCUGACAUCUUUCUGUUUGUAGACAAAAGCAGAAGACCUACCAAAUAUAUUUAACGUGAGUAAUUUGGUGUUAGGACAAGCAGUUUUUGGCCAAAAUAAAUGCAGUGUGGAGUUGGAAGCCUGUUCUCUAUUGUUUGUGCUGCCCUGAGGACCUCCAGUGGGGUUGAACUGGUAUUUGUGAAAAAAGGCUAGCCAAGCUUUAAAUAUCUGUUAGCAGGAACUAUAUCAUGUGCAUGUUCCUAUGGAAAGGAAAUUGCAAGCAGAAAUAAGGCAGACAUGCUGACUUCCACAUUUAUCUUUGAGGUGGGUAUGUCACCAUUGGCAAAAAAUCAGGGCUUUCUGCCGGUGUCUGAAGUUAUGAAAGUCUGAUAAUGUACAUUAUGCUAAAGGAAAACAGAUAAAACAACAUGAUCUUUAGACUCCAGGAAAUAGGCCUCCCAACUGCAACUGAAAAUACUGCAUGUUUUUUAUUUCCACUUCCAUAUGCUGUGAUACUGCCAAUAUUUUUCCCAUGAGCAUGUCCUGAGUAGCUGGGAUCGUCUGAUAUAUGCAUAGGAAUGGGUAAAUACAUUUCUGUCACAUUUUUCCAUUGUUUCCACAUAAAGCAAAUGUGGUGGGUUGAACAAGGAGAAGCUUUCUUCCUAUUGUUCAAUGCUAUUUUUUACAAGAAAUUCUGAAAAGCAGUCACUGCCUGUACAUUGGUCCUUUUGCCGGUUGGUCCCAGCAGUAAAUAACAGCGCGAGUUUCCCACUGUGCAGGACUUGACUUGGAAAUUCCACGCCAUUCCUAUAUUCGUACCUUGAGGGUCGCUUUCUAAUCCAGUAUUUCUUUUCUUUUUCUCGCUACCUUUACUCUGUGAAGUCUGAAAACUAGUUAGGAUAGAAACUUCCUCUUGAAUUAAAAAACGCAAAGGGUUCAGACGACAAAAGGAGUUUUUUGCUGGGGUAAAUCUGUAGUGCUACCCACAUUUUUACAUCUCUCCUUGUUUUUCCCUGCUUUUUUUUUUUCUGAUGGGAGGAGGGGAAAGAAAGGCAAAGACUACUUAUUUAAAAAGAACAGUUUUGGGUUUGGGGUUUUUCCCCAGAAAUGUAUGCAUCUAGUAUUUCAGUUGAUGCAUGCAGGGGUAUCGUUCUGCGUCUUUCGGCACAGCUACAUUUGCUGCAAGUAAUUGCAUGUUGAGAGUAUGUGUGUGAAGCGAAAGCAGAUAGUCACUAGAGGUACUGGGUGAUAUUAAACAGAGGUCUGUCUCUUGUCUGUCCUAGCAGCUAUCAGGUGGAAUUUAAAAAUCUUAAUGGCACGGUUUGAAAGGGGAUGAGAUGAACUCCAGCACGUGGCAGUGCUUGGCCGGGUGAUGUUCUGCCUGUAGCCGUGGAAUGAACACACGGUGGCCACCGCUUCAGCCAAACAGCUCCUGCUGUUGUACAGUCAUUCAUUAUUUUAAAAUUACAGGUGUCUAUAAGAAGCAUGUUUUUUUUUUUUCUAGCAGUCUUUAGAGGUUCUUUCAGAAAAUAGAUAUUGGUUCUAAUGAUUUUGAGAUUGAAAUUUUCUGUAGGGAAGAAUGGCAAGAAGUGAUUUCUCAACUUCAGGCUGCCGUAAUCAAAAGCUGCGAAUAAUUUCUAAUAGGGAACAAAGUGUAUGUGUGGUGUAUUAAAACACCAGCACAGAUGGGAAAUAGCUAAUGGCCUGCAAACCUCCUGCGCAAGGAAAUAUUUUCCCCAAAAAACAAUUGCACUGUAGCUAUUUGAAAAGUGACAGACAUUUAUCAGCAAAACAAGCUGCUAAACAAGCAAUGGCAAUUUUCCCAUUUCUUAUCCCAUUACUCCGUGGAGCUAUUGAUAUGCUUGGUCAGCGGCCAGGACAGGGCUACGUCAUAGCAGAUGUUUCACGAGGGCAGCUCUGCGUGCUAAAAAUCAUCUGCCUGUCUAGAAUCUCCUUUCUCAGAAAUUAUUUUUCUUUAUGGGUUCACUUCUGUCCUGACUAUUAAUUUGUGGUGAGGAAAAUAAACCCAACUGCGUUUAGCUUUCCAGAACUGCCAGAGAAGUUAUGCAAGAGAAACUUCCUGUUGACAGGACACGUAUGUCUGUCUACUUAGAGUCCUGCUGAGUUGGAUUUUCAGUGAGUUUAUUGAAAAAAAUUAAAAAAAAAAUAAAAUUAAAAUAGGACCUUUUGUAAUAUUUAGCAUAUUAGAUGCCCUAUGGAAUUCUAUGGACCGGAUUCUGGCACUGCCCUCAAAGAGUUCACCAUUUAAGAGUAGGCAAAAGAGUAGCCAAGAUAAACAAAAGGAAGAUGGUAGGAGGAGGGGGGAGAUGAAGUGACAGCAUUUUUACCAGAACGCUGUGGUAGUAGGUUGGUUUACCACUUCCCAUUUCAGAGAAGGAAUUUGUCAAAACUUCAGAAAGUCUGGAGCGUGACAGUAAAGGGUUAGUUGGGAAGGGCGAAGGCAGUGGAGAGGCAAAAUGGAAGGAAGUGAGGUAGAGACAAAGGGGGGAAGAGUGGCAAGGAGUGGGACAGCAUGGAGGAAGAGCGGGCUGAGCUGCAGGACAGCGGGGGCACAUGCGACUAGGGUGGGACUGGGGAGGACGUGGGACAGGAAGACAGCCCUGCAAGAAGUUGGAAACAACACUUCAAAACCAGGUGACUCAGCUAUAAAAGAGACUUGGAGUUGACCGUAGGAACUGAAUUUAAAAUGACAGCAAGGUGCCCGAAGUAUCUAUCUAUCCUUGGGUCAUAGAUAAGGGGAACUUGAUUUUCUGAGCAGCUGAGAACCUGCGGGUCCCGGACUGAGCAGGGUUUGCAGGCUUCCAGCUGUGCCGCCACAAAUCAACAAGCUUUUAGUUCCCACAUCACCCAGCUUCCCAUGCACGUGCCCUUCGCUCCUGUAUCGGCAGCCACCGUCGUUGAUGUGUGAACUGCCGCUGUUUGCAGCUGUUAGAGACAUGGUUAGAUAUAGCCUUUAACAUAAAGCAAUGCUUACGGUGACCACUGUUUUCCCCUUGUGUGCUGUUCACGCGUCCGUUUCGCUGCCGCUUCGGCUUCAACCCCCUCUCUGUUUCUUCCCUGUCUUUACUUAUCCUUUCUUAGGCUGCACCGUUCGUUUGAGCCAUUGCCCAUGUCCACCCCAUGGUUCGGUCCUUUCCGCGUUUAGCUGACAUCCUGGGUACAACGUCUCUGUGCAGGAAGAGGAAUCGGUUGGUUUCUUAGGGUCCUCCCCUCUCAUGUCUCCAGCAAGAAGAGCUGAUGAACUGAUCUGGAAAUUGCCCAGUUUUUCGCUCAGAUGAGCUUUUGCAUGCUUGGGGACAAGCACCAAACGGGCGAAGGCUGCACUGGAAUGGACAGUCCUGGGUGUUUCAGUGUCACAGGAGUAUUUUUAAGUGCCGGCAGUCUCAUUUUGGGGUGUGUGUGUUGUGUUGUUUCUCUCCUUGCAGCAAGGACUGUUGGUAGGCGUGUUUUGCUUUGCAUACCUUACACCUAAAGGGGAAGGUGAUGGGCAGGAGAUGCCAGGGCUGUGAUGGAAAACGAGUAAGAUGAAGUGGUGCGAGGUCAUAGAGAAAAUCAGUCAGGAGCCUGGAGUUAGACUCGGCUCUUUCAACUUCCAGCCCAGCUUCCACUGCCGCAAACCUGAGCUCCUGCUCUCCAGAGUCAGCCAAGGCAAGGAGCUGCUCCGAGCCCUUGAUGGGAUCGAAACAAAAGGCCGCUCGCACAUGCAGGCCAGUUACUGCGAUGUGCGUGUGUGCGCCCAGUGGGCAGGUAACAGCCUUGGAAAUGCCGAUGCUGAACUUCCAGCGGCCUUCAUAAAAUCCUAUUUUCUCAGCAGAACCAGUUUUUCUAACCCAUUCCCCAUUUACUGGGUUGCGUGUUUUGCUGCCCCCCCCAGCCCGGCGCAGCAGGGCAGGCAGCCGACACCUCGUGCUGCAAACCAUUUCCUUUGCCUUUUUCCCAGACCUUUUUUCCAGGCUCCUAGUUGAUAUGCUGUUGAAGAAAUGUUGCUUUACAGGAGCAAAGCAAUAAUUAGCGAAAAUUUUCAAUUCUUAUGUCUUAAUUUGAGCUACCUGUGCCGUGUCCUACUGAUUUCAGUUACACCGAUGUUUCUAAAUCACUUGGGCUCAUUUGAGAGUCUUACCUCUCAAUAAAAACUUUUAUCAUCUAUUUAAUGUUGGGGUAGAGUUUGCCUGGGUCCUACUUUAAAAUGCGUUAUAUGGGGAAACAGGAGCCAUGGGCAUCUGUGGCGAGAGACCCGAGUUUGUGACUAAAUCGUAAUGCUUAUUAUAAAGAACAUAAAAGGUUUAAAUCCAACCUUGGGAGAGCCUGUGCUCCACAGGAACUGAUCAGGAGAAGCAGGGCAGCUGUAAGCUUUCAAUUUAUUUUAGAUAUAGGCUAUUUAACUUCUCUGGGCCUGCCUUCUUACUAAAGGGAUUCGUAUUUGUCAAUUAUUAGAGAAUGUAUAUUUGUUCUGCCACCUAGUGUCCAGCUCUAGAAAUAGUCAAACAAUCUUUUGGGGGUUUUUCGGUUACGAGUUAUUUGCUGUUUUCUCUUUAAGGUCUUAGAAACACAAUUAGUGUUGCAGUGUGAGCUUCAUUUUUAGACUGAGGUAGGCCUCUGAUAGUAAUAAAUUAAACUCAGCACCUGUUUGGAAAUUUUGGGAAUAGCAGUGAAUAGCAUAUGUUUCUUUUAUAUCUCAUCAUAAGCGUGUAUGGUGUUUUGAAGAUAAAGAAAUAAAAAGCCAUGAGAAACUUUGACUAGA